UACAUACACAAUGUGGAAUCCACUGUGUGUGCGCCGUGGUAUAAAAUCAGCUGUUUGGAGCUGUACAAAAACAUUUGAAAAGCGGAAGUUGCAGUAGAUACUACGCAGUGAAUUGAGCUAUAUACAUUACGUGUGAAGUGAAUUUCUUUGUGUCCUGUGUAAAGGAUUCUCGAAUGAGCAUCUCUGGAUAUCACAAUCAAGGAAGAUUUAGUCACAAGUGUGAGAUAAUUCUGAUGGAUUAUAGGACAAAUUGACGAAAAAAAAAAACAAAUAACGAAUUUAAAGUGCCUUAACUCAAGUGCAUAUCUUGUGAAUUGAUUUUUGUGGCUUUUAUUGCUCAACUGCUGGAAAAAUGAGACCACCGUCGCAAUUUGGUAACGAUAUCACAAAUACCACAACUAACGACCACAAUGGCGGAGAUGGAUUUGAUUCUAAUGGAAACGGUCCACCUCUUCCGCCCAGCAUUGCACAUUUGGGGGGUACCCUCAUCUGUACCCGUUUGGCGGGCAAUGGAGUGAUCAGGGUGGUCAGGAGAUGCGACGAUGCCAAAGAGAAUGGCACAAAUCUCGAUCUAUCCGAGUGCCAGCUGAUGCAAGUCCCAGACGCAGUUUACCAUCUAAUGAGAAAUACCGAACUUAAAACUUGUGAUCUUAGUUGUAACGUCAUUAAGAAAAUUCCACCGAAAUUCGCUGUGAAGUUCAGUUUAAUCACAGAUUUGAACUUGUCCCACAACCAGAUGUCGAAACUUCCUGACGAACUGGCAGACUUGGCCCUGGAGCGAUUAGACAUUUCCCACAAUUCAUUCACAACGCUGCCCCAAGUUGUGUUCAAGAUGCCGAAGUUGCGGCAACUCUACGCCAACAAUAACUCCAUCAUCGAAGUGGAAUCGGAUGAGAAGUCCAUCAAGUCGGAAUCCCUGGAAUUGGUGGAUCUGAGAAAUAAUCCCUUGACGCCGCAGUGCUAUGAUCGUUUGCGGGCUGCCAAGUUGCAUUUCCACAUUGACUUAUCGGAGAGAGUACAGGAGGACUGGGAGGAUCUUACAAUAUGAUUUCAGUCCGUGUCCAUUGUCUGGAUACAGUCUGCAGUCGAGGGAAUAACUGGAUGGAUGUUCCAGUCCCAGGAUCACCAUUUAAUCUCUUAGCAAUUAGGAUCGACGAUAUUUGCUGUAUCUUUUUUUUUAUACCAAACACAGUGAGAAUGUGUUAUUUUCUGUACUUAAGGCGCAAUUAUACUGUAGAUUAUGCCAAAAAGAUUAUCUCUCUCGAGCCACGGAGGAUUCCGUCCUCUCGAAAUCUAGUCUGAUUAGUCCAAGGAAAUGUGACUCUGAUGUAUGACUUUUUUAUAAUAAUUCUUGUUUUCUGUUGUUGUCAAAUGUGCGAGAAUCAUGUUACGACAAAUUGACUGCGUGGAAAUAAUAUCAGACGCUAUGAUUGUAGUUAAAAAAAAAGCUAGGGUAGUGGACCCCCUUAGGGUCAUAGCCCCAUUUAAUGCCACCUUGAAUUGGUUUUAUCUUUCAAUAUUGCGACAUUUGAGAUUUACAAAAUCAAAGCAAUUAAUCAGUAUUUUGUAUUGAAAUGCUCCGUAUUAUUUAAGUGGCAAUAAGUGGUGCCACUACCCUACUUCUUACGUAUAAUGUUGUGUAUUCAAUCUAACCCAUAGUUGAUAAGAAAAAUGUGAUUUUUUUCACAGUGUCUUUUCACUUUAAAAUGUUUGUGUAUUUCUCAAAUUCAAGUAACAUUUGUUUGUUCUUUUUCUCAUAUAAGAGAAUAAAAAAAAGGAAGAUGAUUGAUAGGAAAAAUAAAUCUGUGAUUUCAUUGCAAAUCAUUUUAUGAAUACUUCUCCAAUGCUGUAUUAUGCAAAAUCUUUUAUUUUAUGACACAUUUUAUGCGUCACAUGUUUUAUGCGAGAAAGCAAAAAAGUGUUCUUAAACUGAAGAAAAAAAAUAUAGAGAACAAGAAGAGCGAUGAAAUUGAAUCUUUGACUUGAUUUAACAUUAAAUAUACUCACAGUAAUCUUAUCUUAUUACACUGAAAUGUAGCUCAUGCAUAACACCUUUGUGUUUAACUAUGUCUAAUCUUGAUAGGCAAAUUGAUUGAAAAAUAUAAUAAAAUUUAUAACAGAGUAAUAAAAAGUGAUUCUUUUUUUCUUUGUCCUAAUUUAAAUACAAAAAAAAAAACGAAAGUGAUUGAAAAAAAGAAAGAUAAAAUUCAAUUAAUUGUUGAAUAGAAAAUUUGUUGAAAAAUUAUGCGGAAGAAAAAUUUACAAUUUCAAUAAAGUAAUCAUAUUUAUGUAAUUGUCUCUAAUGUGGUGUAUUAACACUCUUUUUUUCUGGUAAAUUUUUUAAUUUAAAUCCCUUUCUUCACUCAUUAGUAUAACUUACAGCAUUAUGACAUUUAAUUUGCCUAAUUGUGUUUUUUUUUAAUGUAUACUCAAAUAGAAAUUAUGCUGUAUAUGCAAGUAUUUUGUUAUUUCUGUAUCUAUAUUACUUCAUGUGGAAAUAUAUAUCAAUUUUCUUAUACUCC